AUGCAGAUCCCGCGGGACAUUAUUUUCGAGGUGGUUCGCGGCUUUCGCGGCAGAUCGCGGAACUGCAUCAAGAUCGCUCGCGUGCGCGCGAUGAAGGCGCUGCUUUACUCGUAUAUAAUGCGCAGACAGCGUCAGAGGCGGUACCGCGUGUUCUGGAUUGGCCGCAUCAACGCCGCAGGCCGCGAGUGGAGUUUUCCCUACGCCUGGCUGUCGACGAGUCUCUGGAGACAAAACAUCUGGUUGGACCGCAAGAUGCUGGCCAACCUCGCUGAAACCGAGCCUGCUUCCUUCCGCGCCCUCGUGAACGAAGGAAAAAACGUCUUCUUUUGGAGCCCCGACAAAGUGCGAAACAUCCACGACCUGUGA